GACCAAGCUUUGCUUGAACUGACUGACAAGACAGCGCUAUUGGAUACCCGUGGCCCACUGUGGUACAGCAGAUCUCCGCCGCUAAUUCCACCGAGAAAUCAGGUCCCACACAGGCCAGGUCCCCCCCCUUGUGAUUGAUCCUCUCUGCUGCGAUCCCUCCGUUUUCUUCUUCUUCGGCAGCAGCUGCAUCCCUCUUUUCUUUUCUUAUUACCUGGGGCCCUGCACGACUUUCUUCCCACUGCUGGUACACCGACCUCGACCACACAAUCGCAUCGAAAGCCCAUCAUGGCCGCUUCCAAAUCAAGUCUCGGCGUCUUGGGCGUCAAGGAGGGCGAACGCGUCCCCGGCACUACACGAUACUUUGGCGAGGACCCCAAUGCCCACCUAUCCAUAUCCGAGACCGCCAAUCUGAAGAAGGAUCCUAAAACAGGCAUUAUUCUUACUCCUCAACCUUCCGAUGACCCCAACGAUCCUCUCAACUGGCCCAUUGGCAAGCGCGAUCUCAUCACCUUUGUGCUCUGCUGGGCUGGCAUUCUCGCGACUUGCCUUGGCUCCAUCCUUGCCGCUAAUACAAUCAAACUCAAGGUCGACAUCUUCAGAUCAUCGAAGCUUAGCAUCACAGAUAUUGUCGUUCUCACUGGUUAUUUCCUGCUCGGCGCCGGCGCUGCCGCCAUCUUCUUCGUACCCUCCGGCCGUAUCUGGGGUAAGCGCCAUCUCUUCGUUAUCGGUCUUGCGCUCGUCGUUGUGUCGAGUGCCUGGGCCGGCGGCGUUGGCAAUGACUACAAGAGCAUGAUUGGAGCGCGUGUUGUCCAAGGAAUUGCCUGUGCGCCGUUUGAGAGUAUGCUCAACGCGGCCGUUGGCGAUCUCUACUUUGUGCACGAGCGCGGUUGGCGUAUGGCCUUUGCCAAUUUGGCCAUCUUUGGCAGUGCCUUCUUCACUCCCAUUGUCACCGGCAAGAUCACCGCGAGUCUCAGCUUUUACUGGACUAUGAACCUUGUUGCCAUCUUCAGCGGCGUCACGUUCCCCGCAGUCAUACUCCUUUGCCCCGAGACGGCUUACCGCAGAGCGUCCAAGUACAACACGGAUUUUGGUAGCGGUACUACUAGCGGCGGCGAAGAGCCCAAGGGCGAGGAAGAAGCGCCCCCUGCUACUGCCCCCGCCACUGGUGAGCGCCUUGAGUAUCCUGGUAUCGGCGUGAAUGGCCUCAUUCUGCUGCCUUCUCUGAGACCCCAGCCUAUCGGUAACGCCUCCACCCCCAAGAAGACCUUCUGGGAAUCGCUCUCCUUCUUUGACGGCACCAAGACCGACGACAACUACUUUAUGCUGCUUUUCCGCCCUUUCUUCCUCAUUGCCAACCCCACGUUCAUCUGGGCCUGCCUCAUUCAGGGAACCAUGAUUGGCUGGACCGUCUUCAUUGGUGUCAUUCUGGGUGCGCUCUUCAUUGGCCCUCCUUACUUCUGGGGUGAGGUGUAUGCUGGCUAUGCCUAUGCUCCUGGCUUUAUCGGUGCCCUGGUUGCUUUCGUUAUUUGCGGUGUCCUGGCCGACCCUCUGACUGCGUACCUGACCAAGAAGAACGGUGGCCUCUACGAACCCGAGUUCCGCCUGUUCCUUAUCAUUCCCAUGAUUAUUACUGGCGCAAUCGGUCUGUUUGGCUUUGCCAUGGUUGGCGGCGAGGUCUUCAGCGGCCGGUACUCUUACAUGGUGCCUCUCACCUUCUUUGGCUUUGAAGUAUGCAGCAUGGUCAUUGGCACUGUUGGUAGUGCGCUCUACGUUGUCGAUGCCUAUCGCGACAUCUCUGUCGAAGGCUUUACGCUCAUGAUCAUCUUCAAGAACUUCUUCAGCUACAUGCUGACUUACUUUGCCGUCGACUGGCUCGCUGUCGACAUUAAGCGCACCAUGCUGAUUGUCAGCGGUGUCCAGAUUGCCAUUUGCUUGACCACGAUUCCUCUCUACUUCUUUGGCAAGCGUUGCCGCGCCUUCUUCCACCGCCACGACGUCUUUGCGCCUCUCAAUGCUCUCGGCGACAUGCUGAGUGGCAAAUAGAAACAAUUCCUAAAUAGAGGCUUUUUUUCUUUUGCUCAUUGUGAUGCAGCGUAUACCCCCUGAUGCGCCUGGCCCGAAAGAUGCGAAUUGUAUAUAGAGGUUCGAUGAAACAUGAUAUUACGCGCUGAUACACUUGGGAACCCGGCUUAAUGAUAAUACAAAUUGAUUUUAAUAAUCUGAUAUACUACUACUCUACUACUAAUAGCUGUUGCUAUAUAUUGUACGUAAAUGGGGAUAUAUAUAAUUUUUUAUACUCAUAAGUUAAACUACUUCCAUGCAGUCAUGUACACCAACAUAAACUUCGUUUGACUUACGCCUUGCCAGCGGCAGCAGCGCUGUUCUGCUGGGCCUGGACAAGAGUAGACUUCUUGACGAGGCGCAUGCCACCGAUGAGCAUGACGAGGGCCUGGACACCGAGGAUAACAACAAGGGUGACGAGAGCACCAAUGACACCAGCAACGGGGCGCGAGACGCCAGAGUCAGAAGAAGAGGAAGAAGCGCUGACAGAAGAGUCGGUGCUGUUGGCAGAGCACUGGGCAGCAGGGUUGCCGCAGGCGUUGCACCAGCUAGCAGUGUCGCUAACGGCGAUCUUGUUCAUACCGGCCUGGAAGUCGUUCCAGGACAGGGCAGUCUUGCCGAAGAGAGGGUACUGGGUGAGCUCGUUCUGGGCAGCAGUGCCGUUGGCAAACAAGAAGCGGACAGACAUGUCCUCCUUCUUGGCGUCGGCAGAGGGGGCAACAAGCUCAAGGACCAUGGAGGAGGCGUAGUCGCAGAUACCGUAGAACUUGGGGUCGGCCUUCUGGAGCUGGGCGAGACCGAAGAAGGACAUGAAGGUGCCGUAGGCGCCGAACUGGAUGUUGAAGGUGGUGGCGCCCUUCUUCUUGUUGGCGAGGUCGGUCAGGGCGCCGAGGGCCUGGCCAGCAAGGACGGCACCGGCGAUGGCGCGGACGGGCUCGGUCUCAGAGUAGGCGAGGUUCCAUUCGUGGGUGGAGGCGAGGGAGUAGAGACGGUUGAGGGUUUCGGUCUUGUUGACGAGGUCCUGGCCAGGGUAGGUCUGGUUGUGGAUCUGGGCGACGUUGAGAUAGUCGAAGA